AUGUUUGAUAAAGAUGUGAGUGGAAUUAAGGAAUUGAAAGAGACAAAUCCUUCAGAUUCCAAAACGAAAGUGGAGGCAGGAUCUUCAGAUUCAGAAAAGAAAGCAGAGGAGGGUUCUUCGGAUCUUGAAACAAUAGAUAAAAGUAUAAUACGCAAAAUUAAGAGAAAACAUGUUCUUGACGACUUUAUUUUUUUGUUAUCCCUUUUUGCUUUGCCUUCGGUGGUAUUUUAUAAGAACAGGGAUAAAUUUCCAAUACCUCUUUGGAUUUCAAUUUUUUUAGGAAUGGUAUCCAUUCUGGUUUUUGUUUUAAUGAUGUUAAAUUAUUUUGUUAAUGUAAAAAAG